AUGGAUUCGACGGCAGCUGUGAAGUUUCUGGGCAGCAUCGGCAUCUAUGACUUUCCUAUCUUCAGUCUCUUAAUAGAAGGAUCUGUAGGCGUUGUGUGUAUAUUCGAGCGAGCUGGCCGCUCCUUCGAUAUUUCGACUGCUACAGGGAUGUUUCGCUACGCCAGUUUCUUGUGCAUGUUGGCGCACGAGCACGCCCACACGCUACUUCAAGCACUCGAGAAGCACAGUGACAGUUUCCUGGAUCGCUUUGAAAAGCAGGAUCCGAGUGUCCGAUGGUCAAUGAGUCACCAGAAGAUGGAUUUUGAGGGCCAGCAACCUCAACCAGAGGCUCACCAUGUAUGA